AUGCUGCGACGCAGAUACAAGGGCUACAUCAUCGUCGCAUUUUUCCUCCUCUGCCUCGUCUACAUUUUGCAAAGGUCGUGGGAUGCCGCGCCGACGCGCCUUCCCGACGCGCGCACGCCGCCGAAAUCGCCUGUCCACCAGGGCCUCGACACCACCGCACCACAGCAGCAAGCCGAUUCCAGGUUGCCCGCCCAGGACAAUGGCCAGAAGCCCAUUCUCGGCGCGGAGAAGCCCCCAGUCGCUGCUGAGUCCGUGUCCAAGAAGGGAGCUUCAUCGCCGACGCAAAAGCCAAAGGUGGUGACCCCUGCCGAGUCGCCUGUGCCCAAGUCAAGCACCAAUCCUGCGCCCAAGGUCAAGGAGACCACGGCCGACCUCAGCAGUGAGACUCCUGCCACCACCAAGUCAGUCGCUGCGCCUUCAAGCUCCAAGACUCGAAUUCACUGGAGGUCCUUCACCCAAGACUUUCCCGUCCCGACGGAGUCCGUGGUCCCUGUGCCCACCGGCAAACCCAAGCCUAUUCCCCAGAUUCAGUACAAUUUUAAAGUAGAGUCUGCCGCCGACAAGGCCAAGCGCGAGGCUCGCCUCAGCAAGGUCAAAGCUUCCAUUUCCAAAUCGUGGAACUCGUACCGCAAGCAUGCUUGGAUGCACGAUGAGCUGCGGCCCAUUUCCGGCUCCUUCAAGGACCCGUUCUGCGGCUGGGCUGCCACCCUUGUUGACUCGCUAGAUACACUCUGGAUCGCCGGUCUCAAGGAUGAGUUCGACGAUGCAGUCAAAAAUGGCGUCGCCAAAAUUGACUUUACCUUUAGCGAAAAGGGUGAUAUCCCCGUUUUUGAAACCACCAUCCGCUACCUCGGAGGCUUACUUUCCGCAUUUGACGUCAGCGGUGGUCACAAGGGAGAGUACUCAGUACUACUCGACAAGGCUGUUGAGCUUGCCGAGGUGCUCUUUGGCGUCUUCGAUACUCCCAACCGCAUGCCUGUGCUCUACUACCGCUGGCAGCCGCAAUACGUAUCAGGGGAGCACAAAGCUGGCUUUGUUGGCGUCGCCGAACUCGCUACUCUCUCCAUGGAGUUUACUCGCCUCGCUCAAUUGACCAAGGAAGACAAGUAUUAUGAUGCCAUUGACCGUAUCACAAAUGCUCUCAUCAAGUUCCAGGCAGAUGGCAAAGCAGCCAUUCCUGGUCUUUUCCCUGAAAACCUCGAUGCCAGCGGUGAGAGUCUAGUCCCAUCGUCGUCCUACUCGCAGUCCUUUUCAAUGGGUGGAUCACAAGACUCUGCCUACGAAUACUUCCCCAAGGAAUACCUUCUCCUUGGUGGCUUGGAGCCCAAAUACAAGAAGCUGCACGAAGACACUAUCGACGCCGUCGACGAAUGGCUCAUGUAUCGACCCAUGAUCAAUGACACGGAGUGGGAUCUGUAUUUUUCCGCCAAAAUCAGGACGCAGGGUGAUCCAGGCCAUGACCUAGACGUAGAAUACGAGUCGACGCAUCUCACCUGCUUCAUUGGUGGCAUGUAUGGCCUCGGUGCGAAAAUCUUUGACCGCCCGAAGGACCUCGAGACGGCCAAGCGACUGACAGACGGAUGCGUCUGGGCCUAUCACAAAACUCCCAGUGGUCUCAUGCCCGAGGCUUCUCUCAUGAUGCCCUGUCCUUCUCUCGAGAGGUGUGAAUUCGACCGGACCAAGUGGUACGAGUCUCUGGACUCGAGCAAAUCGUAUCGCGACCAACAGAUCAGCGAGUGGGAGCUUCAGUAUGGCUCCGUCGCCAAGUCUGGUGACAGCAGCGUCCCUGAGCGUCCACAGAGCCAUGAGGAGUAUGUCCACGACUACGUUACCGCCACCGGGUUGCCAGCCGGGUUCUCCCGCGUGUUGUACAAAAGUUAUAUUCUUCGGCCGGAAGCCAUCGAGUCUGUGUGGUACAUGUACCGCAUCACCGGCGACCCUACGUGGAUGGACAAGGGUUGGGCCAUGUAUGAAGCUACAAUAGCGGCGACUGACACGGAUCUCGCGAGCACGGCCGUCUCCGACGUCAUGGUUAAAAAGCCGCCGAUGGAUGACUCGAUGGAGAGCUUCUGGCUCGCCGAAACGCUCAAGUAUUAUUAUCUGCUCUACGCCGGCCCCGAUGUCAUUAGCCUGGAUGAAUGGGUUCUCAACACUGAGGCGCAUCCGUUUCGCCGUCCGACAUGA